AUGGGAGCAUCAUUAACGUCACCGUUACCACAUCCACCCCCAACAAGUGUUUGCAAUCAUUUGUUUGUGGCAUCAGAUGCUCCACCAAUUUACCAUCAUAAUCCUUUGACAACAGUGCAACCAAAGAAGCAAUCAGUGUUUGCAGCUGGAUGGAAUUGGUCUAAGAAAGCAGCCCAGCAACUUCAAAUGCAAGCGCAGGCUCAAAAGCAGCGAGUGACCACUGUGACAUCUCGGUCCACCGAUUCUAUGGUAUUAUUAGCUAAAAAUCAACGAGACAAAAAUUGUCGAGAAUUUUCGUAUACUCAGUUAGCUUUGGAUAACAAUAAGAACUACAAAAAAUUUGAAACAACGACAACACAUGCUAGGAUAAAUGGUUGUCGUCGAAAUUCGCUUGUGAUGAUAGACACGACAACUAUUAUUCCUAAUUAUUACAGCAUACGAGAGGAAGUAAAACGAGAAAUGAAGCUUAGUAAACAGGACUUGAUUAAUAACAAUUUAAUCAGCUCGAUUGAUAAUCAAGUCAAAACGACGAUGACACCUACAUUUCGCGCACCCAAGCAACCAUUUGGUAGUAGUUGUGCGGUAAAUAACGAAAGCAUUUCCACUUCAAGAACUACAAAUUUAGCCAAUGACAUACAGAAUCGCAAUUUAAUUGGAGAAAUGCAGCAAGAAUUCAUUGCUAAAACAUCUUUGCCUGAUGUUAAUGUAAAAAGGCGGACGGUCAUUCAAGCGUCCACCUCAGAAUUACUCCGUGGCCUUGGGCAAUAUUUAUCAAAACAGUGUGACAUUCCACAUUUCAAACCUGCGCAGCUUGUUAUGUGGCUUAGAACUGUUGAUAGAGCACUUUUAUUGCAGGGCUGGCAAGAUGUUGCGUUCAUCAAUCCAGCUAAUUUAGUCUUUGUAUAUAUGCUGGUAAAAAGUAUGGUAAACAAAAAUAAUAAAAGUAUUGAAACAGUGGAAGAAUUACAGUCGGUAGUACUUACCUGCCUUUACAUAAGUUACAGCUACAUGGGUAAUGAAAUAUCAUAUCCACUGAAACCAUUUCUUGUUGAACAGGAUCGAGAUCGUUUCUGGGAUAGAUGUGUGCAGAUUGUGAACGAACGAAGUAGCGACAUGCUGCGUCUCAAUUCGUCAUCUACUUAUUUUACAGAAGUAUUUGCAGAACUAAAGCAAUGUGCUUUGUUGGAAGAAUAA